AUGGAAGACGUUCAAGGCCGUCGUCAAACAUCGGAAGACACUGGCCUUUCGGACGAUCCUAGAACCCAGAUUGUGGAGGAGUACGCGCAAGUAUGGGAGGAAUUUUACAGAUGGGAGCCCGACAUGUGUCGGCAAGUUCUUUUGUCUUUCAGUCGGGAACCUCAGCAGGUUGUGGAUGAGCCAGAAAGCGUUGGGCUUGGGCAAGUCGGUGAUCAGGAAUCUGAGGCUGAGAGCGACCUAUCCUUCACUUGCUGGAAGCCUGACGGGAGUACGUCCUUCAUAAACUUCGAAGAAAUAAUGGCCAAACCGUUUGCGGCUCAUCCACCCUACGAGGCGUGUACGCCCGUUUCUCGCAACAUCUACUACAGAGAUGGAGACGUGGAUGACACGGCGCAGUGCCAGUUCAUCCCAUAUGCAGAUGACCCCGCGUUCAACGCGGUUACCUACCUGACUUUCUUUCCUGACCUUGCCUGGCAGACAGCAGACGGUCUGCAGGAGCCUGACAUUGAUGCCAUCCAGCUGGAGACACUGCGGCGUUUGCACCUUGGCCCCUUGGGCAUGCCAUUGGAGGAGAUCGACAGCCACGACAUACUGCCUCGUGCCGUGCCCGACUUGACCAUCGGGCUGUAUGCCGGUAUGCUAUGGGCGGCGACGCACAGAGACCCCCUACCAUGGCCCGGCGCCUCACUAUCCACGCUGGGUUCGCUAGCGACCGGGGCGUGGAAGAGGGAAUGCGCCGAAGACGAUACGUUGGCGAGGGCCGAUUCCGUUCUGACGCAUUUCUGCCCCAAUCUCAAUUGCAUUGAGCCGCACUGCCAUACGCACACGUUUCCUUACCCGCCUUUGAUACCUAAGAAAGCGACCGUAAACAGCACCGGCAUGCGCCUAAGCGCUUCUCAAACGUGCGGCGGUGACUGCUUUACACAUAUCACGGAUUAUGAGAUCUUCAAAGAAUCAGUAAUAUGGGAGGACGACGAUAUCAGAACCCUCCGCGAUAUCCUCGCCAUCACACCCGAUUCGAAGCCCUGCGAUCUGGCGGUCCUAUGUCGCAAGCCAUGUAACGAAGUCUUUGCACAGCGAUGUGCUAUCCUGCCAGAUGAGACUAUCUACGACUUUCCCGGAAGAGACUUCCAACUGGAACAACAGGAGGAAACAGACCCGAUCGUCUUCGACGAUGACAUGGGCGAGGAAGAGGACAAGAUGUAA